GAUGUUCUUCACUAAUGUGGAUCUGACUGGAGAUCCUGACGAUCUACACACUGCUGCACAGGGACCAGGCGUUCAUCUGGCUGUUGCAUGGCAGGGGUCAGAAUCACGAAGGUGGACUGGCAGCAUUCAAAAAAUGGUUCUGCCCACCACACCCAAGAUUACCCUUGCCCUGAGCUGGUGGUUCGAAGGGGCCAGUUAUUCAGUCUCACCCUGGAUCUGAGUAGAGCCCUGGACAGUGAGGAGGCCCUCAUCUUCACCGUGGAGACAGGACCCCACGCAUCUGAGGCUCUCCACACCAAAGUCGUAUUCCAGACAGCAGAGCUAGAAAUAGGUGACACCUGGACAGCUGCAAAAGAGGAAGAGACAGAGAAUACAGUCACCGUCAGCCUCUCAAGCCCUUCCAAUGCAGUCAUCGGCCGAUACCUGCUGAGUGCCAGGCCCUCUUCCCGCAGGAAACACAGUGACCGAAAGCUGGGCCAAUUUAUUCUCCUGUUCAAUCCCUGGUGCCCAGAGGAUGAUGUGUUUCUGGACUCCGAGGAGGAGAGGCAGGAGUACGUGCUGAACGACAGCGGAGUCAUCUUCCGAGGCGUGGAGAAGCACAUCCGAGCCCAGGGCUGGAACUACGGGCAGUUUGAAGAGGAUAUCCUGAACAUCUGCCUCUCCAUUCUGGACCGAAGUCCUAGUCACCAGGAUGACCCAGCCACUGAUGUAUCCCACCGCCAUGACCCAGUCUAUGUCACCAGGAUCAUCAGUGCCAUGGUGAACAGCAACAAUGACCGAGGUGUGGUACAAGGCCAGUGGCAGGGCAAAUAUGGCGGUGGCACCAGCCCACUGAACUGGAGAGGCAGUGUGGCCAUCCUGCAGAAGUGGUUCAAGGGCAAGUACAAGCCAGUUAAAUAUGGUCAGUGUUGGGUCUUCGCUGGAGUCAUGUGCACAGUUCUCAGGUGCUUGGGGAUCGCAACCAGGGUGGUAUCCAACUUCAACUCAGCCCAUGACACCGAUGGCAAUCUGAGUGUGGACAAAUAUGUGGACUCUUAUGGCCGAACCCUGGAGGAUCUGACAGAAGACAGCAUGUGGAAUUUCCACGUCUGGAAUGAGAGCUGGUUUGCACGACAGGACCUGGGCCCAUCCUAUGAUGGCUGGCAGGUUCUGGAUGCCACACCCCAAGAGGAGAGUGAAGGUAUGUUCCAGUGUGGCCCUGCCUCAGUCACUGCCAUCCGUGAGGGUGAUGUGCAUCUAGCCCACGAUGGCCCCUUCGUCUUUGCCGAGGUCAAUGCAGACUACAUCACCUGGCUAUGGCAUGAGGACAAGAGGCGGGAGCGUGUGUACUCGGACACCAAGAAGAUUGGCAGGUGCAUCAGUACCAAGGCUGUGGGCAGUGACUCUCGUGUGGACAUCACAGGCCUCUACAAGUAUCCAGAAGGGUCACGGAAGGAGAGGCAGGUGUACAGCAAAGCCGUGGGGAGACUGCUCAGCGUGGAAGCCUGGGGGAGGAGGCAGCGGAUCCGCAGGGCCAGUGUGCGUGGUGUCUGGCGCGAUGACCUCCUCGAACCUGUCACCAAACCCAGCAUUACUGGCAAGUUUAAAGUGCUGGAGCCGCCGGUGCUUGGCCAGGACCUAAAGCUGGCUCUGUGCUUGACCAACCUCACCGCCAGAGCCCAGCGGGUCCGAGUCAAUGUGAGCGGUGCCACCAUCCUCUAUACCCGCAAGCCGGUGGCAGAGAUCCUGCGUGAAUCCCACGCCGUGAAGCUGGGGCCACUAGAAGAGAAGAAGAUCCCAAUCACAAUAUCUUACUCUCAGUACAAAGAAGACCUGACAGAGGAUAAGAAGAUCCUGUUGGCUGCCAUGUGCCUUGUCAGUAAGGGAGAGAAGUUCCUGGUGGAGAAGGACAUUACCCUGGAGGACUUCAUCACCAUCAAGGUGUUGGAGCCAGCGGUGGUAGGAGUGACAGUCGCUGUGGAAGUCUUGGUGAUCAACCCCCUUUCAGAGAACGUGAAGGACUGUGUGCUGAUGGUAGAGGGCAGUGGCCUUCUCCAAGGACAGCUCAGUAUUGAGGUGCCCAGCUUGCAGCCUCAGGAGAAGGCCUUGAUCCAAUUCAACAUAACCCCCUCCAAGAGUGGCCCAAGGCAGCUGCAGGUGGACCUUGUCAGCUCACAGUUCCCAGACAUCAAGGGUUUUGUGAUCAUCCAUGUGGCUACAGCCAAGUGAUGGGCUAUGAGGAACUUGGGGGAGGAUUCUGUCCAUCUGUCCGUUCCUUCACUAUAAGAGCCAGGAGUCUCAGAUUAGUCCUGCUUCCAUCUUUGCUCUCCAUGAGCUUAGGCAAGAUCCUUCCCAGCACGUUGAUGAAGGUGCUGGACUCACUAACCCUUCACCUUCAGGACAAGUGGCUGGUGUAAGAACAGAGGGGCCUUCUGAUGGGAGAGUGGCAUGUCCCAGCUUCCUGAGAGCCCUGGCCCGAGAGCUCUGCCAGCUCAGCCCAGGUAACUCACCAUUUCUUGCUUUUGUAUCAUCUCUGGACAUUUGGACCCAAGAAUUCUCCAAGCCAAAUUCACACCCCCUCCCAUUAAAGAGGAGCCUUCCUGAAGCCAUAAGGCAAAGCAGAAGCAAGGUUGAGAACCAAGUGAUUCACCCAAAUGUUCUCCCAAACUCAUGUUCUUAAAAAAGCAUUGGAUUUUAAGCAAUAGGGGAUUCUUUGCUAAGUGGAGACACUGACUCUGGAUUUGGGUGAUGUGGCUAAAACUGCCUGAGAACAGCUGAAGGAGACAAAGGAGUUCUCCCCUAAAUUCCUCAACAUGGAUAUGCUCCAGCUCUGGCCAUCCUAGAGUCCACAGGACCACCCCAGACCACUCAGCCACUCUUUCUUGGGACUAGAAUGUCUUGCACUGUUCAGAUCCUACACUUUGAGUCAAAGCAGGACACGGAUGUCUGGAAUAAGGAGCAGAGUAGACACAACCAGGCCAUGAGACUACAACACUGGAUAUGAAAUUCUGCGCUGACAUUUUCUAGACAGACAAAUUAAAAUUAAGCCACAGUUUAAGAAUGUUGACCAAGACAACAGGUGCAUCUGCAACUCAGUGCCUCUUGGAUACAAAUGACUGUGAGGGAACUGGAGAGAUGGCUCAGCAGUUAAGAGUACUUUCUGACCUUCUAGAGGGCCUGAGUUUGGUUCCCAGCACUCGUGCCUGUCAGACAACUCAGAUCCUGUGACUCCAUCUCCAGGGCUCCAACACUUCUAGUCUCUGUGAGCACCCACACUUAUGUGUACAUACACCCUCCUCCCAAACACAUGCAAUUAAAUAAAAUAAAUCUUUUUUUUUAAAUAC